CCCAAAAUUCUAUAUCUAAAGAGGUGGCUGGUUCACUUGACGUUCAGACAUUCGUCACAAUGCGGACCAUUCUUCUCGCUCUCGCGCUUGAUAUCGUUGUCCUCGAACUCGUCUCUACUUUACCUAUGCAAGAGUCACUGUCAUUCCCUUGCGCGGUCUGCCCUCUCCUCAUUGCGGGCGGUAUCCUCACUUCGGCAGUCGAGAAAGAAGGAAACAGUUUGGAGUGUAGCUACAAUUUGAAUCCAAACGCUUCCUGCCUCUAUUUUAACGAGGAUGGUGCACUCCUUGUUGAGAGUCCUGGUACGAAUUGUCAGGGAACAGCAACCAUUCUUCCACAACCUGGACUCCCUUGUGUUGCUGUAGAUCUGUGAUUUUUUUUUCAUUUCAGCAAAGAGUUUUUUUGCCUUCUGGAUAGUAUACCACCAGCUCGAAAAAACUCUUGGCAGCGGGCCUCAAGUUAGAGGUACAGCCUAUCGGUUCAGGAAUUGUCUUCGAUGGGAAGACGCGAAUUUAGUGGUAGUUGGGAAUAAGAGGGAAUAAGUCUUGUACGGGAGGAUUGAUAAGAUAAAUAUACAUCGGUCCGGUUCCAAACUUUAGACCGUGAAAAUUUCUGAAUUUAAGAUAAGCAAUGCAUCUGC